CAAAGAGCAGGCGGCAUACAACGAGGGGUAUUAGUGGUGAGCAAGGGAGACACAGGGGCGAGCAGAGCACUCGGAUCCUCAUCACUCUAUGUAAGAGCAAACUGACUAGCCAGUGACACACAGAGAAGAGGGAGGAAGUGCCCCCUCCCCCUCCGCCGUGGCUGCAGUGUCAGGACCUCGUCUUUUGCUGUUGCUCUCUGGGCACGGACGGCAAUGCAAUCCCAUCCCCCGCGUAGCCCCAUCGAUCCUAUCCUCAUCUCAUCACCGUCGUCCCCGCGAUGAGUAUGGAUGAGAGGAUGAUGGACAGGCUAGGGCGAGAGAGGUAUAAGACAGGGAGGGAAACGGUACCACUCCCAUCUUUCACUCCAUCAACCAGCCUUCCCAACGAGCUCUCGCCUACUACCACACUACUUCUAGCUCAUUGCACACGGCUAACCACCCAUCCAUCAACAAACCAAACAAGAUGUUCUCCACUACCAUGCCCAUCUCCAUCUCCUCGACCACCUUCAUGUUCUGCCCUGCGGGCCCCUCUUCCUCUUCGGACACCACCAUCCUCGCCCCUGCUCCUCGCACCACCCGCCGAGAGCGCCAGCGAGCUCUCGCAUUGAACAGGCUCAGCGCCUCUUCCGUGGCUGGCUCCACCGAGAAGAGCACAUGCGACAUGGAUGACGAGGAGAAGAGGCUGUCAAACGAUGGGAGCGAGACGACACUGGUGGAGCUGCAGAGCCUCAAGGAAGACAAGCCCUUCAGCUCUUGCAUCGAGAUGCCAACCCAGCCACUCAGUCGUAGCGAGCAGAUCCACGCUUCAUGGCUCAACAACACUGGACUUGACAUCAAUGACGAAGCCAAGAACGGCCCCGCUCCCCACUGCACCGUCGAGGAGCUGACCAGCGCAAUGGACUCCUUCUUCGGCUCCUCUUCUGCCACGAAGACAAAGACAUCAAAGAAGAGCAGCAGCAAGGAGGACCAGAGGAAGAGGCGAUUCGUUGACAAGGUCAAGCAGUGCAAAUGGAUGGCUUAGAAGCGAGAGCUUGAUAUGAAUUUCUCGCUUCCAACACUUUGAUUUGUCCUCCACCUCGUCGCGUCUGUACAUAGUUCCCGUAUUUCGUAAUGUCACCCAUGUCAUUAGGA